GAAUCGUUGACCUGUCAAUCGGUCUACAUCAUCCAGACGAUAACGAACGGGUAGCUUUGCUACAGUACCCUGGUGACCUGCAAAUUGAGUCCGAAGCACGGCGGGACCCUGAGACGUGGCGGCGAUGGUGCGCUGGUGAUAAUGACCAUCAUAAACGGCUCUAUGAGACGUGGCCAUGGAUCACUACCGAUGACUACAAUCUGUUCGAGAAUCGCCUUCUGCCAAUGCCAUCUAAUAUGGGAAUUGGUAACGCUCGAUCUCUGGCACAUUUCCACUCGUUGAUUGCUGAGCGGAAGAUUCUCAGCGAUGCUUUCUAUAAGAAUUUGGAGCGACCAGUUCUGGAAAACGAAUUUGACCACGUGAUCGGCUAUGAGGAAAGCAAGGGCUACGGAUUUCAAUUCACGAAAAAUCCCAAGGGUGAAUGGAUCUUUGGACAUUCGGGAUUUGGCGGACAAAACGUGCGAGUCGACAUGCAUAAUGGUCUCUCCUAUGCCUACCUGUGCAAUGGCCUGAAGAUCUCAGACGCCGAUCUCGUAGAGCCGUGGAAACGAC